AUUUAAUUCCUGAAAAUAACCGAAAAAAAUGUAACUCACAUGUUCCGUGCAUACUGGCAAAAAAUCAACAUCAACAACACCAAGAAGGUUGUCAAAAACAAACCAACGUGCAGCAGCUCCAGGAAUUCCUGUAUUCACCGCAGAUUCAUCAACACCAUUCAGUUCAAGAAAUAAUCCAGCAAGUCCCAGAAACUUACAAGAGUAGGGUGAAUGAAGAAGCUCCAGCAGAAGUUUCACAUACCACGAAAAAUAAUCAAAACGGAGCCAUUCAAACCAUGCAAAUUGUUCGCCGAGUUAUUAAAAGAACAACAGAGAUCCAUAAUAUACUUGAAGAAGAGGUUUGACAUUAGACAAAUUAACACGUCAAACCGGUAAAUCAACACGCGUCUCGUGAAAAAUGUGUUACAAAAUAAAUGGCAAUGGACUUCAUACGCCCACCGUGUGACGAAUGGAAGAGAAACUGAAACAGUUGCAGUCAAAGGAUGUUGUUAAUCACCAAGAAGCACUGUAUCAAUAAAAAAUAAAUAAAAUAGUUACCUAGUGAGAAAAAAUCACUCGCGGCAAGCGAGAAGUUGUAUCGA